AUGGCGGUUUUUGGAUCGCAAUCCUCAAAUACCAACGAUGAAAUUUCACGCUAUCAAGUUGGUCGUUAUGUAAACUGUAAUGAAGUGAUUUGGCGUAUAUUCGCAUUCCCUAUUCACGAACGUCAUCCUACUGUUGUGCAUUUGGCGGUGCAUCUGGAGAAUGGUCAACGAGUAUAUUUCACUGCUUCGAAUGCUAUGCAACGUGCUGAAACACCUCCAGCAACUACAUUGACCAGUUUCUUUGCGAUCUGCCAAAGCGAUCCGUUUGCACGAACUUUGCUUUACUCGGAGAUGCCACGUUAUUAUACUUGGAAUGCUUCAUCGAAGAAUUUACAAAGGUGGAAGCAAGGCGAUGCGGUUCCUGGGUAUUCGGAUGUGCGAUCUACUGAUGCUCUUGGUCGUAUGUAUACAGUUCAUCCAAAGAAUGAUGAAUGUUUCUAUUUGCGGUUGUUGCUGGUAAAUGUGCGUGGGCCAACGUCAUUUGAGACACUACGGACUGUUAAUGGUGUAAUAUUCCCAACAUAUCGUGCUGCAUGUGAAGAACUGAACUUAUUAGAAAACGAUACCCAUUGGGAUACGACAAUCGCUAAAGCCAUUAUCUCUGCAUCUCCAAGUCAGAUACGCACAUUAUUCGCUAUUAUAAUUUCGACAUGCUUUCCAUCAAACCCAUGUCACCUGUGGCACAAAUAUAAGGAUAAUAUGUCAGAAGAUAUUUUACAUCAAAUUCGUAUCACUUCCAGAAAUCACGAUGUUGAGAUGAAUGAGGAGAUACAUAAUCGUGCUUUACUCUUGAUCGAAGAUAUGUGUUACCUCAUGUGCGGUAGUUUAUUAAUCAGGUUAGGAAUGCCAGCGCCCAAUCGUGAAAUGAAUGACGCAUUUAAUCGAGAAUUGGAACGGGAACGUGAAUAUGAUCACCAGGAAUUAGAUUUAGUAGUUUAA